GUCUAACCUCAACCAAUCCACGAAGUUGCGCGACCAUCUUCCAUUGUACUGAGAUAGACACCUGUUUCUCCCCGACACGGAUUAGCUCACUGGUCACGGCUUCUCACCAGAACUCUUCGGAUUGGACUUUUUCGUUAAUAUUUAUCAUUAAUGUUUAAAAACCUAUUAUUUCUGCAAAGCUCUUAUUAACUGGCAUUUUGUAAAUCAAUCAAAAUUAGAACUUGUUUGUCUGGAUGUCUGGAAAUUUCGAAUUAGUAGCUUGUCAGUUAAUCGCAGGAAUUAAUCAAUAUCGAUUAUGGAAACGAGAUGUAGGUUACAAAGUUAAAAAUUACGAUCAUCGUUUCACUCAUAUGCUUUUUGCAUACUGUUAUUUAGGUCAACAGCGUGACUAGGUUUUUCUACCCAUUUCAUAUGUCUUAGCUUUUAUCCUAUUGGCAAGUAAUGUUGGGGGUGAUGAGUCAUUUAUUUUAACCUUAAUACUGAUUGGUAAGAUCAUAAAAUGGGAUGAGAGCUGUCUCAGUCAUUCAAUCAUUUUAUCAGAUUUGGAGUGGGUUUUUGCUAAAUAACACCGUGUUUCCCGUGGGGCUGUAUUAGACUGUACUUACGACACUAACUGUGUGUACGAACUUUGCUCUGCCUAUUGAUCGGGAUCAAUCGAUUAGUUGUCCGUAUCACAUCAAAUACAUAAUUGCUUAAUUAUGUUGAUUUAGUUUACUCAAAUUGUUUUACUACUUUAAAUAGGAUGACGGUCUUUCUAUUCUAUUUAUUCAAUAUCACUGUAAUACUUAUCAUAUCAUAUGGAGAUGCUAAAGAAUUAUAUACACGUCAUAUUAAAUUACGACAUUACAUAGAUGGACUACCGGAAAAUGUACUUUCAGAUUCUUCAAAGCGAUUUAAUUUGAAUCAACCAAAUGAUAAAUUAUGUAUCAAUUGUUGUACAAACGAUAAAAACUUAUGUAAUCCUUCCACUCGAGAGUUAAUUACCACAUCCAAUUCUCAAUUAUCAUAUUCGACAAUUACAACACCAAGUACUUCUAUACUAAUGAAAAAGCAAUUAACAAAUAAUACUAUUGAAAAUGAUGAAAUUUCUGCAUUAAAUUCUACUAUAACAGGAACAAAACUUAAAUGGAAAGAUAAAAUUAAUUCAGAUGAACAAAAAUUAAAACGUCAAAUGUUAUCAACAAGAUCAAAUUGGAUGAAUUAUUUCCAAUGGUUAUUAGGAUUAUUAUUUAUUAUUAAAUAUAUUAGUUUACAUUGGAUUUUAAUUAUCAUUAAAUAUCCAUAUAAAACAGUAAAAAUGUAUAUUAUAUAUUUGGGAAAAUUCAAGGAUUGGUUAAUAUCAAGCUUAAAUUUACAUUCAUUUUAUUAUGGUUAUUUUCGUUGUAUUCGUCAAUCGUCAUCAGAUAUUAUAAAUGUUACUAAUGCUAAUAUACAAUCAACUCCAUUAUUAAAUCGACUCUCAUCAAAUGAUACAAUGAUAAUCAAUAAAAAAAAUUUAUUCGGCUUAUCGAAACAAUCAUCAGCUGAUGAAAUUAAAAAUCAGAAAGCAUCUUUGAAAUCAUUCUCAAAAAACUUGACAAAAUUAACUAAUCAAACAUCAGACAAAGCGGGUACAUCACGAGUAAAUCGUAAAAAGAAAACAAUGGUCCCAUUAGUUGAAAUCUCAAAGCCAUCAGGAUUCAAUGCUAAUGCAUCAGAUGAUCAUUCCAACUUAUCAAAUCGUUCUCGUUUUACAAAAAUCGAAUCUGCGUCACCACCGCCACCAGCAGCAGCACCUGCAACAUUAACGACGGCAGUCAAUAAAGAUGCUUCGCCACCGCGUAUGGCAGAAGCUGAUAUUGUUGCCGCUGUUCAGGCGUCUAUUCGACUAACUGAAGAUGUCAAUAAUAAUCAUCAUCACGAAAUACGUCGGAAACAAGCCCAACGUAUCUCUUCACGUAAAAAGUGUUAUAACUCUUCCUCACCAUCCUCUGCAUCUGGACCUGAUGUGGAUGAUGACAAUAAUAAGAGUAAGCUAGAUCGUGUAAUGAAUGUGUUUUAUCAAAACGAUAAUUCACCAGCCCAUUUAAACUACCAAUCAGAUACAAUCGACAAAAUAUCAUCCCCAUCUACUGCUGACAAUCAACGUGUUGUAAAUCAUCGAAAUAAAAAAGAAACUUCUGUAUCAGCUGUUCCAAGACUACCACAUACAAAACAACCUACAGAUGAAUACAAUGAAUUUACAGUUGAAAAGUGUGUCACCUCACAAGAAAGUUUGGAAACUACUAACCAUAUAUCAACCUCAUCUUCACCGAUUCUAUCUAAUGAAUCGGAUAAGUCCGUUAAUCAUCCGUAUCAAUCGCUUGAUACAGUUAGUAACAGUGAAUUAUUCGAUUGGCCUGAAACUAUUCAAACUUGUCCCAACCAAAUGGCGAGGAUGCAUCAUUAUGCCAUUAAUAAUCAAUAUCCAUUGACAAUCCAUCCUGUAUGGAGCGGAGCUGUUACUGAGUCGGCCAAAUAUUGGGACCAACCAUUGUUACAUUCAGAUGAAAUGUUAUAUUCGAGUGAUUCACAUGAUGAGGCAAUGAAUCGUUUAUCGGAAGUAACGCAUACAUUUGCACAAUCAUUUCUGACUGAACCAAUUGAUCCAUCAUUAUCAUCUUUUCAUCCACAAUUUAUAUCACCCCGAUUCGAAACAAACCAUUUUAUUCAACCAACUGGUAUUUAUGAACAUGGAUUAAAAGAUUAUUUCAGUCAGAAUAAAUUUAUGUUAAAUGAUAAUAUUUAUUCAGGUAUUUGGAACACUGUAAAGGAGAACGACACUAAUCAAAGUUAUCUGUCUACUGAAAACUCACCCGAAUAUCUGUCGUCAAAUGAUCUUGUUGGACAGGACUUUCUACAAUCUGAUUAUUCUUGUGAUUACCAUGUAAACAAAAUUACAGUUGAAAAUGCUUUUAACACUACUUUACCAAUUAUCUGUUCACUAAUUCAAUGUAAUAAUGAUAUAACAAAUAGUUGUACCGCAUUGCAAUCAUCAAUAAUUUUCCCUACAAAUACAGACAAAUUAGAUACUCCUGUAAUUACUCAGAUAUUUCUCAAUGCUUUGCGUACAGCACAUCGUCAAAAUAUUGAUGAAACCAAUCCAUCUUAUCAUUAUACUAAUUCCACUGAUAUACAUAUUGCAAAUUCAACUGUUAACUUGUCAUCCGAAAAUACUAUUCCAGAUUACUAUACAAAUGAUGAUGAUAAUGACACAAUGAGAAUCGAUUGCAAUCCACAUGAUAGUAGUCGAAUAAGUUUUUAUGAAUUAUUACGAAUCACUGAAAGUAGACGUUUAUCUGUAUUAAGCUAUGAAGCCCAAAUGAACAGUUCUAUUGAAGAAAAGAGGGAAACAAAAGAAGAGUAUUUCGAUUUAGUACCAAAUCCUUUGAAGACCAAAGGACUUAGUGACAACCAAAUAACCCCCAAAGAGUUGUGUAGUUAUUCUUCAUGGAAAUCUAUUAUAGAUAUACCACAAUCUGAAUUGUUUCAGGAAUUAGGACUAUCGGAAACCACAUCUGAACAGUUUAACUUUCUAUCGACUGGUUUUAUGAAUUAUGAGAAUACGUCCAACGAAUCAUCUGCUAUUGCUCCAUGGACAUAUAUUUUCGAAAAAGUAAUCAAAAGAAUAAAUGAUAUAGAUAAUAAUCAGGAUUCUUCGUUAAAUUGCGAUAAACCUUCCUCUUCUCUUUCUUUUUCUACUACGAUUACCCCCACUGAUAUGUUUGAAUAAAUUAAGCUAAGUAAAACAGAAAUUCAAAGUUUGAGUGUACAGGACACAGAGAAGGGGAUGUAUUAUUUUUCAAUGAUAUUAGAAUUGAAACAUUCUCUUCUUUUUUUUUAUAAAACUUGGACGCCUUUUUUAGAGAUUUAUUUUUGUUACUUAUUCAUAUUUUUCUUGUCCUUUGAGAGCUUAUUCUUUAACAUGUCACGAUUAGUUUUUUCGCCGUAUUUUCUUUGUUUUCUCUCCCUCUAGUUUUACAUCUUGUUUUGUUUUUGAAAAGAAUAUAUGGGCAUCCAUUGUACUCAAGCUUAUAUUUAUACAUCCUAUAUAUAGACGUAUAUAUCAGAGAUAGAAAAAUAUAUAAUCUGUCAGAGA